AUUAGUGUUGACAGUUUUGUUAAUGAAUUUUGACACAAACUUGUCAUGCUUAUGAUCCGUAGCCAAGCGGUAUGGGGCCAAUGUCAUUCAAGGGAGAUAAUUCUAUGUUCUAACACUAGUGAUUUCAUACUAACCACUUGAAUGGUUGAUACUAGUUUUAAUAUUCAUAGGGAAACGCGUUACUCACAUCCUCAAAGUCACUGCCCACCCCAAAAUGAAUAUGGAAAAACUUUGACCGUACCCCUUCAUAUCAAAGGCUCUAAAGACUAACCCUAACCUAACCAUUGAAAGGUGGUUACGGGUUGAACUCAUGCCGUAGUCCCAAUACAUCUGCUGUUAACUGAGUUUGAUGUCAGAUUCAUAUAUCUAUUUGUAUAACUGCAGGGGUAGAAUUAAAAAAAAUUCAGGGCAAGGCCAUUUUGGCUUUGGGUUUGAGUAAAUUUUUGGGGCACCAAGGCCACUGGGCAGGGCACCAAGGGCAACAUUUCUUUCAAGGGUAGGGCACCAAGGCCACUUUCUGUAAAGUUUUCACUGAUGCGAGUGAGAGAUGAGGUUCCCUGCGCAGAACAGUCUUUAUAGAGCGACUGCGCAGUUACUUCUCGGCGACCACGUGGUUCUCGGAUCUGUGGCUUGUAAACAAUAACAAUAUGGCUGCGCCCAUCGAAAUUGCGUGUCUAAGAGUCAGCAAUAAUUUCUUUGGAUUUCUGUUCUUAUGGACGAAUACACGGCAAGUGACAAAUGCUGCAAAGUUCAAUUUAGUUGGUACCAGGCAUGUGAAGGGCAUUAGGGCAUACAAGGAAGGCAACCACGGCUACUUAUGGCCGUGGUCACGGUCCAAUUUAUCAGGGCACCGCGUCCAGUAACAAGGGCACCUACGGCAAUAGCCGUAGUGCCGUGGGCCAAAAUCGAUCCCUGUAACUGGAAGAUGUGACCAAAUUGGCUACAUGAAUUUGCGUGACAUGCAAACUUCACGUUUUAAAUUGACCAGGUGUUAUUGUUAAGACAGUACUCCUCUAGCCUCCGAUUACUUUUUUAACCAGUUACAGCCCUCUCAAAGGAAGGCUUUUGGACUGGUAGGCAUAUUGAAUGGUAUAUAAUGCACUUUAUUGCUUAAUAUCAAGAAGUACUACUGGCAUAGGAAGCGGGGGUGCAAGGGGGGCUAUGUGUAAGAUAGAUAUAUAUAUAUGUGAAAGGAAGGCUAAGCAAGGCUUGCUUUAGUGAUUGGUAUAAACCUGAAAGAUAUUGGUAUUUCUAAGAAACUAUUCAAAUUUUUUAACUUGCUGUUGGCUAUUUGUCGGUAAUUGUCGGUAAUGGUCACUACUUUUUAGUAUAUCCGAUACUGUCUGUCUUCCGAUCUUGAAUUUCAAAGCUAACUUUUUCUGUUUAUACAAAGAUUUUGCUGAAAAUUCAUCGAUUAAUUUUAUUUUAUGUUCUAAGAAGAGUUCGAUACAUUGCCGUUUUUUGGUCGCUCUGCUUUUGCAACUGCAGUAAGACAACGCAAAACGGAAGCGUCAUUUGUAUUCAUGCAGAUACUAAACAACAGAUUGGUCUAAUAUAAUGUAGCAAAGCUUGAAGAUCUGUAUGCGAGAUGUUAAUCCGCACAUUGUGUGCUCCUUGUGUGCAGGCUAUUUCAUCGAUGCCACCACUAUUACUGAAUGUCUUCACACAUAUUGCAAGAGCUGUAUAGUAAAAUAUCUUCAGAGCAGUAAAUGUUGUCCACAAUGCAGUGUCAAAGUUCACGAAACCCAACCAUUGUUCCAUCUCCGAGCUGACCGCACAAUGCAAGAUAUCGUCUUCAAACUUGUACCAGGCUUGUUUGAAAAUGAGGAGAAAAGGCGGGCAGAGUUCUACAAAUCACGAGGUGAUCUCAAUCCUAAAAAAGACAAAGAAGCUACAACACAAGGGGAAAAUGCAAGUGGUCCUCGGCUGUCCAGUAUUAUCAACAAACCACAAGGCUACAAGUACAGAUAUGAUGAACAAAUAUGUUUAUGUUUGGAAAGAUUCAGCACACAAACAGUACAGCACUAUGGGAAACGUUUUCAGCUGCAGAACCUUGAGAAGAAGUUUAUCCGCUGCUCCAUCCGUGUUCUCAUCGCACACAUUAAAGCCAUGCUGCACAAAAAACUCAACAUCCCUACCACUUUGGAGUUUGAUGUUUCGUGUGAGGAGGAGGACCUGGCUGAUGAGAUGUCACUCAAACAGAUUUAUCUCAUGAACUGGUAUGAGAAGGAAACACCAAUGCUGUUAUACUACAGAUUUCAAGAAGGCAAUACAUAAAUAUCUGAAGAUUGUGAAAUAUGAACAUAACCAUGAACAAAUCAUUGCUUUGGAAUCUUUACCAAGAUGCCUUACACACCAGUGCCAUAUUGAACUUGUUUUUGUUUAAAACUAUAUAUCACAAAAGCCAGACUGGUUUAUCAGUUGGUGUGUGUUGAUAAGAAUGAAAAGAAAUAACUGUGCGACAGUAUUUAGACAGGUUGUGAAUGAUCAAGUGUUGGGUGCAAUAAUGAUAUAUAUGCAGAAUUUUUAAUAAUGCUUUAAAAAAUAAGGAAAAUAGUUAGCCAGUGCCUAGUACAUAUGGAAAGGACUGGAAUGUUUAACAGCUUCGCAGACUCAUCCUGAAUAAUCACUUCAAUCAGCGGUCAAAUUGUUAUACAUUUUAUAAAAAUCCACUAGCCAUGGGAUCAGUGAUUUUAACAAUGUACUAGCCAUGAUUAAAAAUGUACUAGCCCUACUUUAAAUAAAUACAAUUUUACUAAUAGUAAUAAUCCAAUAUGUCACCUAAAGAGGAAGAUGGAGCUUAAAACCUCUUAGAUUGGGAAGAGUGGGCAGGAUAUUCAUAUUUACAAAAUAUGUAAAUGCAACAUUUGACAAGGUUUUUUUCCCACUAGCCGUCGGGCUAGUUAUGCUAGUUAUUUACUAGCCUAACACUGAAUAUCACUAGCCAUUGGAGUGGGGCUACCAUAAUCUAGAAGCCCUGUGUUAUAAUAGCUUUUGUACGUGUAGGUGAGAGGAUUACAAGUUAAUAGUGUUUAUUAUCUAUUAUCCUGGAUAGGGCAUUACAUGAAAAUGUACAAGUUAUGACCUUUUAUAAUCACUGGAAAUGCUGGUUGGAAUGACAGAACUAUUGGUUCCAUUAUGAACAGUAAGGAGCAACAGAACCAGCUUUUUUUAUGUCCAAUUUCUUCUACCAGUCUUGGUAAUACUGAUCUGUUUUACAGACCCAUCUGUUCAAUAUUCUAGUUGUUUUAUCAAAGCUUGUAUCUGUGAUUGUAGCAAUUUGAUUGUCAGCACUUUCAUGACACCUGUAAGGACUGUUUUUGUUUGUAAAAUAUUGUUUCAUG